ACAUAAAUAGCCUUUAUAGGGGAUAAAAAAAAAAAAAAUUGCUCCUUCAGUGACCUCAUUAAUUCAUUCCGGCAGGCAAAGGAAAGGAUCCCAAGCAAGGCAAAAUCAUCAUUCUUCAAGAAUGUUUAAUUUUAGCAGAAUGAAGUGUCUUCUUCUUCUUCUUCAUAGCUAGCCUUCAUUCUUCCUUGGACUAUCUCAUUCUUUCUUAUGCUUGGACAAUUUCUACGCUUUAAUGGGAAAUCUAAAGUAUCUGGUUUUGCCUUUUUAUUUGCACCUUCCUUUGCUAGGAUAUGGAUGCAGUUUGAAAUAGCUUUUGUAAAUAACCUCCUUUAUGAAUCCAGGCCUCCUGCAGAGCUAUGUAGUCCACCAAGCAAACCAGGAAACAAGACAAGCAGGGGUAGCGCCCUUAAAGUGAAAGCAUAAAAGAAUCUUUCCUUGGGUUGCCAGCACCAUGCAAGCAGCAGAAUCAGGGAACCCUUUCAUGGGGAGACAUCGAACUCAUGGCACCUUUGAACACUGAACACUCAAAAAGACAAGCAAGAAAAGCAAGGCAAUAGCUUAUCAUUCUUGGAAAGAGUUGACUUGGGCAAAAUGAAGUUUCUGCUUCUUCCUAGCCAUCAUUCUUAACUGGAUUACAUUCUUUCUUUUGGUUGGACAAUAUUUCCAAUUCAUGUUCAUCUGCAAUUUCUGUGUUUUAAUGGGAAAUCCAAACUCCAGAGUAGGCUACUUGCCUUUGGAUUUCCACCUUCCUUUGUUAGGAUGCAGUUUGAAAGAGCUUUUGUAAAUAACCUCCUUUAUGAAUAUACAGGAGAGAAGAGAUUUUAGAGACAAAAAGAGAGUGAUCUAUGUUCAAUCUUUCUCACUCACACACGCACACACCUUAAGGAAUUUCAAUUUGCGCAAUAAAGCAUAAUUGAUGCA